AUGGCGACCUUCCCACCUUUGAAUAUUCCGCCAGAGCUCCUCCAGGAGCUCUCAAAAUACACCACCCCAACGGGGCUUGCCGAUUAUGCCGCCCUAGCAGUCCUCGGCGGGCUCGGUGCAACAUACUUAUCGAAAGGCCGACUAUGGGAUAGGCCAGACCCGCUGGCCUAUCUCAUGUAUGAGCGGCCCCAACUGAAGAAUGGCGGACAAGCUGGGUCAGCCAACAAGGAGACUCGCAACAUCGCCCAGAAGAUGGAAGAAACAGGGAAGAACAUCGUGGUCUUCUGGGGAUCCCAGUCUGGUACUGCCGAGGGCUUUGCUCAUCGUCUGGCCAGGGAGAUAUCGAUUCGCUGGGGCCAGGAAGCAAUGACGGCUGACCUCUCUGAUUAUGACCCCGUCACCAUCAGUGAGAUCCCCAUCGCCAAAUUGGCGAUCUUUGUGGUUUCGACGUAUGGUGAAGGAGAUCCCAGCGAUAACACUGCCGAGUUUUGGAGCUGGAUUUCCAAAGCCAGCGAUGUAUCGCUCUCCAACUUGCGGUAUGCUGCUUUCGGGUUGGGAAACACCAACUACAAGUUCUACAACAAGGUAGUCGAUGUUGUUGUCGAGGGCCUGGACAAGCUUGGUGCUGGAGCUCUGAUGCCCGUCGGAAAGGCCAACGACGCAGAGGGAGCGACUGAGGAAGACUUCAUGUCGUGGAAGGAGGAUCUCUUUGCCGUUUUCAAGGACAAACUCGGAUUCCAAGAGGUUGAAGCCAAAUAUAUCCCGAGCCUGAAGGUCGAAGAAGACGAGUCCCUCGAGCCUAUCGACUUGCACCACGGCGAGCCAAGCAACCGAAAUGAAGCUCCCAAGGCCGCGGCUCAAUCUUCAGCUGUCCGCACAUUGAGCAUCUCUGAAUCCAGAGAACUGUUCAAUUCCUCCGACCGCCACUGUCUUCACAUGGACGUCGACUUGUCCAGCCAGCCAGAGAUGAGCUACAAGACUGGUGAUCACCUCGCCAUCUGGCCCGGAAACCCAGAUGUCGAGGUUGAACGUCUACUCGAUGUCCUCGGAAUCUCCUCGCGUCGCGAUAUUCCCCUCAUAAUCAAAGCUCUUGAUCCAGCAACAAAGAUCACCAUCCCCACCCCAACCAGCACCAUUGCCAUCUUCCGGUACUACCUAGAGAUCUGUGCUCCCGUGAACCGCGAUACCAUUCGGGAUCUUGCGCAGUUCGCACCCACCCCAGAUGCUAAGGCAUACCUUCUCCGACUUGGUCAGGACAAGGAUACGUACGCCAACUUCAUCACAUGCACCCACAUCAACCUAGGACGACUACUGCAGCUGGCAUGUCCCGAAAAGGUCUGGGAUAGUAUUCCACUUUCGUACCUAGUGGAGACUCUCUCGCACAUUCGACCCCGAUUCUACUCCAUCUCAUCAAGCAGCGUGGUAUCGCCCCGCAAACCAUCCAUCACAGCCAUCGUGUCAACGACUUCUCUUCCUGAUAACCCCGAUGAGCUCAUCCACGGUGUCACCUCGAACUAUCUUCUUGCCAUCUCCCAACAAGCCCGCUCCCAACAACAUCCCAGCGGAAUCACCUACCAUCUGAAUGGGCCAAGCGAUGCCCUUCAAGGCGGCAAGGUCUUCGCCCACAUCCGCCGAAGCAAGUUCAAGCUUCCCGCUCUGGGGAAGACCCCUCUCAUCAUGGUUGCCGCGGGAACUGGUAUCGCGCCUUUCCGGGCCUUCAUCUCGGAGCGUUGUCAAGUGCUGAAGAUUGGCAAAGAGGUUGGUCCUAUGAUUCUAUUCUUUGGAUGUCGGAACCCGGAGGAAGAUUAUAUCUACCGGGAUGAAUUGGAGGAAAUGCAGACUGCGUUGGGUGGCCGUUUGCGAAUCGUCACUGCUUUCUCUCGGCAGCAGGGUACACCGCGCCGAUACGUUCAGGACCGGGUUGGCGAGCUGGAGGACGACGUGGUCCGAAUGAUUGAUGAGGGUGGUAAUUUCUACCUGUGCGGUCGGGCUGGUAUGGCUCGUGAAGUGGAGAAGGUUGUUGGCAAGACCAUGAUGAAGGUCAAGGGAUGGAGUGAGGCUGAAGUCAAUGCCUGGAGCAAAACGAUUAAGAAAAAGAAUAAGUGGCAGGAAGAUGUUUGGGGGUAG